AUGAGCAGCUCAGGAGCAGCCCCAGCAGCGCCCCUGGUCGGCGAGCAGUUCCUGGAGCGCCGCCUGCGCCGCGCGGCGGCCAUCCCGAUCGCCGAGCGCGGCCCCGAUGUGGCAGCCUUCCUCGAGUCGGUGCAGCUGCAGCGGGAAGUGCAGCAGGCGCUGCCCAUCACCGCAACGGGGCAGCCAGCGCUGGUGGGGCCGCGCCUUCGCCACCACUUGGCAGUGAUGUGGGCCUUUGCCAAGUGCGUAAAGGCCAUUUACAUCUGCCCAGAGCUUCCGCCGCUGCAGGGUGUGGUGAGGCAGCACCUGGCUGCGUACCUGCCAAUGCAGCUAGAUGUACCGCCAGAUGUACCGCCAGACGCUGCCCCCAGCGGCAGCGGCACCAGCAGCAGCAGCAGCAGCAGCGGCAGCGGCGGCAGCAGCGAAGAGCUUAGCGAAGAGGGCGCUGUUGAGGAGGCGCUGGCCGCCGUGGCUGAAGACCUUCGGGGUCUCUCACUGUGGCUGGAGUGCACAGCAACCACCACUUCGCCGGACCCGAAUGGCGAUGUGUCGCAGUCCUGGCGCGAGGUCAUGGAGACUGUGGAUCGCAGCAACAGGCUGAUGGGUCUGCUGGAAGAUGCAGCCAGCGAACGACUGAUGGCUUACCAGCUUGCGUUGCUGACACAGCUGGCCCAGCACCUGCUGCCAGUGUUGGACGAGACGCCCCACGGGCAGCUGCCCAGCGUGGAAAAAAUGGAGGUCAGCAGGCUUCGCCUGGAGCGUGCCGCACCGCUGCAGCCGCUGCUCACCCUGCAGCAGCUGCAGCACGUCCACAUCUGCACCAUGGUUCAUAUCGUGAACAGACAGCUGCUGCUGGCAACGCAGCACCUUGGCGUGGCCCAGGUCGCAAGGUGGCGGGAGGUGCGUGCCGCAGUGUCUGGCUGGCAGGCGAAGCUGCUGGCACUGGAGCCUGUCACAGCCAAGAGCUGCUUCUUCGCGUCGGAUGCGGCCUGGCUGGCUGAGGUUCACGAGGGUGUUGGAGGCGCAGCAGCCGCGACGAGGCCACUGCGCUCCAACCAGCUCAUGCAGCGUGCUUUCCAGCUGGGCCAAGCCGAGGGCAGCGACUUCUGGACCGCCGUUGCUGGCAGCAUGCUGCUCACGGGAGCGGUACGCGGUGCUACUUGGCUGGGCGUGGCCGACCGCGGCAUGCUGGAAGCCGGGGUGGCAGCGGCUCCGGCAGCGAUGGCGGCGGCACGCCGCGGCAAGGGCGUCCUGCCAGAGGCGUGGUCUAGCGGCAUGCAGUCAUUGGUCGACCCGGCGCAGUACUGCAGCCGCGCGUGCCAGGUGGCUCACUGGCCGGCGCACAAGGCACAGUGCCGGCGGGAUGCCUGA